GUCCAUCUUAAACCCUAGACCUCAGGACUUCGUCUUCAACCUUCGGGUCGCCCGAAUGGCACCCAAGUCUUCCGACUUCACAGCUGCAACUUACAUUGCUCGCUUCGACCAGCUACGAAAGGGCGAACAUGGUGAAAAUUGUUGCCUCGGCAUCCUGAACGACAUUGGCGGGGAUGGCUCUCAUCUUGUCUCGGGGCCUUGCUUCAGACAAUCCUCCCAGAUUCCGACAGUGUUCGAUCGUUGUUUCCCUCGCUCGUACGAAGAAUCCCUGCCUUUCCAACUUCCCUCUGUUUUGGAUGUCUGGACCGCCGAGUCGCAGCGGUUCAGGGGAUUCCCCUCCUUCGACCCCGAGUUCUACCGAUGGUACCUGAGAAUGGCGACUCAAGAUCGAAUCUUUUCUCUCUGGAAGAAGGCCGGCAUCGACAGGGCGCUUCAGUUUAGCUGCUUUGACUGGAAUCUGAACUUGGGCCUCUUGGGUUCUGUGAUCUGCUUCUGGUCUCCGUCGACGAACUGCUUCUUCUUUCCCUGGGGACCGAUGUCGAUUACCCUUCUGGAUGUACACGUCAUAGCUGGUUUCGUGCCCACUGGCGUGGCGGUGAAGGACAUUGGCUCCCCCAGAUACCUCAAGUCCGUCAAUGAUAAUGUCCUUGCUUACGGGAGCUUCAUGAACAGUUUCCGUCGACCAACUGGACAAGUCGACGAUGAAGAGCAUGCUGCUUUCCUGCUUUAUUGGCUCUCCAAGCAUGUCUUUUUCCACCCAAUACUUCGGGUUUCUAAGGAUCUCCUCGGCAUCGCGUCGAGCUUGGCAGAAGGCCUAUCGAUCGCGUUAGGCCCGCUCAUUCUUGCUGCAUUGUACCGAGGUAUCACGCACGCCUCUUUGGCUAUGCGCGGAAAAGAAUCCGGUACCUUCUCUGGCUCCUUUUGGCUUCUUCAGGCUUGGAUUGUCCUCUACUUUCCGUUCCUAUUCUCGAAUCGGAAUCAUGACUUGCCCACGUGUAAUGACUUGAGUCCACAGCCCCACGUCCCCGAGUUCAUAGGAUGUCAAUUACUUAGUCGUCUCCCCUUACCGACUCCAGAGGGCACUUCCCCUUUGACGUAUUUUCUUCGAAUUCUCUUCGACUUUGAUCGAGACAAGUUCGACUUUUGUCCGGUUAAGUCCGAAAGCUUCUCUUAUCUCUAUCAGUUUCCUUCUCGGGAAGAAUUCGAUGAUUUCUGGGUUAAGGUGCUUACUCCAGUUGAUCUUCCCUUGAGAUUGUCCAAAAAGGGAAGGUUCUACCAUGGGUUUGAAAUAUAUUCCCCGCAUUAUUGUGCUAGACAGUUUGGACUGGCCCAAGGCUUACCCAUGCCAAUCUAUUAUUCCCUGGAGUUCCCUUUCAGUCAGAAGAACAAGUAUAAAUGGACUGAAAUGGGGCCUUUCAGCUGCUGCUCUGAGAUUACUAGAAUUAUGCACGCCCGAUUUUCUGUCAAUGAAUUCAGUCCUGAUCCGAAAUCCACUCCUGACUACAAUCAGUGGUGGGGACUUUAUUACCAUAGGUAUUUUAGAAACGCCGGAUCUGCUCUCAAAAGGAUAAAACCGUUUGCUUCUCGUAUAAAAGGGAAAUCGGUUGGACAAGGAGAGCACAGCCCGCCAAUGUUGACUGCUCAAGUUCAAUCUGCUUGGACACGCUCUCAGAAGAAGAAAAGUAGGGCCAGGAAAGGAAAAGCGGUUUCCCAACCAACCACUCCUUUGCGGACCGGAAAGAAACGGUCGACUGGGAUCGAAAUUACAAAGGCAGAAGAGAUGGAAGAAGUUCCUCUUUCUAGGAAAAGAAGAAGGGUGGUAUUUACCUCGACUAGCACUGUUGACGAUGUCGAAGAGAUUGAAAAUACUGCCACUGGUGCCAGUUCAAAUUCCUCUUUCAGUGCUGACGAAGUUACCAGGGCUACUACGGGUCCUGAGGGCACAAUUGUUCGUCCUGACGAGUCGCCUGAAGCCAGAGCUGUGCCUCUCAUUCCCAAGACAGAAUGCAGUCUUAGCUCUUCUUCCGUCGAGGGUGCAUCACUAGUCUCCGUUCCGUCUUCUUUGGCUGGACAUGAUCCCCAACCGACAAUCACAUCUGCCACGGUUGAGAUGAACAAUCAAAACCAGCUGGAAGGGUUUACCGAUGCUCUUGGUCCUGCUUUGUCGAUCCGCUCUCUCUCUGUUCCUCUGCUGCUUCCAGCACCUCCAUCUAGUCAAACCGAUGAAAAUUUCGUCAGUUCUAGCAUCAGGGGCAGGCUCAUUCUUGAAGAACUCUCUAAGGUUCGUCACCUUGAAGCUACCGGUUGUGACACCUUGGCAUCCGUCUCUUCAUCUGCACCUAUCCAAGCGAUUAAGCGCAAAUGGGCUGAAUUUUUUGAGCUGUCUGUAGGAGGCUAUUCAUUGCUUGCAGCUAAUCCCAUCACUGCUGAUAGGGUUAAAAUUUUGCUAGAAGAGCUAUACAAUGAUGACAUCCAAUUCUCGAAGACUCCCCAGUUCAAGGAACGUUGCAAAAUCUUCUCAGAGCAAUUCCUUGGUGGUAUGAAGACUUAUCGGUACGACAAGGAAAAGAUCACCGCCCUGAUGGCCUUAGAAGAGAAAUGCCUAGAGUCUUUUGCUUCCAUUAUGGAACUUGAACAGUCAUUGCGGGGCAAUGUAAAAACCUUGCAGACUCUGAUCGAUGAACAAGUUAAUCUUGAUACUGAGGAAGCUAAGCUAGAGAAACGUCUGGCAGAUGUUCGUCAUCGUCGCGGACUUGUGUCUAACGAAAUAUCCCAAGUAAACAGGACCUUGGAACGUGACCGUGAUACGCUCAAGAUGCUAACUCCUAGAAAGUCUCAGCUGGCCAAGGAAUUAGCUGAUCAUCGGUAUGCAAAGAGUCAGCUGGUGGUCCACAAUGGUUGCUUAGAUGUGGACAUGUCUAGCUUCCACAAGGAAGCGAUGGACUUUGUGAAUAGUUUGUAAUUUCAAUAUUUGCCAUCCCA